UCGAACUUCAACAGACAUGACAUUUUGUUUUAAAUAAAAAAAUACUAAUUUUAUAAAUAAAGUACAGCAGUACAUUUUAAAAUUUAUGAUUAGAAGUAGAUGUACGCUGACUACGAAGAUACAGUACUCCCAGUGAGAAGUAAAUUUCGAAUACCGAGCAAAUGUCAAACUCGAAUCUUUUUUGUACAAGAGAAGACUCAUAAGUCUCUCUAUGUAUUAAAAUGGGUGGAACUGGUUUUAGGCCUCCUUUGCUUUACCUUUGGAAUUUUAGUAGCAACCACUACAACCCUCCCAAAUUGGUCAAAAGCUCUGCCAAUAGUCCUUAAUAUUUUUACCAUAGUUAUAGUAGGAGGUGAAGCAAUAUAUCCCUAUUUUGAUAGAUCUCUAAGCAUCCGCCAGCAAGUUAUAUGCACCGCAUUUAACAUCAUUGUGCAUGCAACAAUUACAGCACUCAUGCAUAAAUUCCACAACUGGCAUGAACUAGCUCAAACUGUUAUGUACUUAAACGGCUUCGCAACUAUACUGUUUUUUGUAGAUGUGGUUUGUAGAAUGAUCAUAUGCUCAUAUCUCAGCCAAAUUGUUAGAGUCCAAUCAAUGGUAGAUGUUGCAGUAAGCACUAUUUUUCCCCAAACCAGCAACAACCAGUCAAAUUCAGCAACCCCAUCGCCGGGAAAAUAUAGAUCUUCCAGGUCAUGUCUAACAUCUACUCCUAUAACUUAUGGUGGAACAUUUCCGUUAGGAAAGGAUCAGCCACCAUUCAGAAGUCCACCAUCUGAGGGAUCUAAUCUUGAAAAAGGUGGCCGGAGUCGUUCAGCUCAGACUGCGCAAUAUACUGGCGAUUUUAAAAUACUUUCGCCCAUGGAAUUUAGUUCUUAUUCGAUUGAUAAAAUACCAGAUACCCGACUUAGUCAGAACUAUUACUCACGUUUCAAUAAGGAAGAAAAAGAAACAAAUACUAUGCCUCCAUUUUACUUAGAGGAAGAACGCAGAAAAAAGAUGCUUGUGACUUGCUCGAUGCCAGGUUCUAGUAGAAAAUCCGAAUCCCGAAAGCAAGCCACCAUGUCUACCCCUAUUACUUAUGGUGGAACAUUCGCAGUCAAUAAAGAAAUAGUUCCAGCAACUCCUGAGGGUACAUCUGCCAUCUCUCCCAAAAGCUCCCCUAGAGGCAAGAAGGUCAUCAAGUCCGAAGGCAGCUCCCCAAGAAGAAUCGAUUAUCAAUUAUUUUUCCAAAAUAGUCGUUUGGAUCAAAUAUCCGAAGAAAAACUAUCGCAAAAACGAUCGUCUGAGAGUUGUUUGACAAGCACGACACAUCUGCCUGGAAGUAUUGUAGAAGAAAUUGAGUAUGCGCCGAAAAAAAAUAAAAAUAAUUACGAAUUAAUAUAGAAUAUAUUUUAAAAAAUUA